AUGACACCCCCUUCAAUAUCUCCCUCCCUCUCCCCAUCUCAACAUCAACUCCAACGACCAUUACAACAACCCCAAGACCCCAAAUCCAGCACGACCACCCGCUCCAUCCACCGCAUAAAAUCCCACCCCACCCUAUCUCCCUUCCGCCGCCGCAUCUACCUCGUCCUACUCUCCAUCCCCCGAGGCCGCUGGACCACCUACGCCGCGCUAGCCAGGUACAUGGGCAGCACCUCCACUACCACUAUCAAACCCAACCCUAAACCCAAGGAAACCUCAUCCAAAGGCAGCGCCCGCGCCGUCGGCACCGCGAUGCGCACGAAUCCGUUCGCUCCUGACGUUCCCUGUCAUCGGGUCCUCGCGUCGGACGGCACGUUGGGUGGAUACAUGGGUGACGGGCCGAGUAGUGGGGGGAGGAAUUUGCAGCGGAAGAGAGAGAUUUUGGAGGCGGAGGGGGUAAAGUUCGGAGGGGAUGGGGAUUGGUUGGUCGGAGGGAAGAAGGGGAAAGGACCGAGCGCCCAAGGGGAGUGUUUUGUUGAUUUUGUGGGGUGA